GACAUUCAACAAUCGCCUACAAGGAAAAUCAAUUUGAGCCAAAGGAAUCACAACACAUAAUCACAAACUGGUGGCGGAGAGAGAGAGAGAGAGAAUGCAAAUGGUGGUAAGAGCAACUGCAAGCAAAUUUGCUUCAUCAUCAUCUAGUGUGCCACCAGCUGAAAGGAGAGAAGGAAGAGCGAGAAGAACAAGGGUGAUGAUGGAGAUAGGAAGGAGGGGCAUCCUCGUAUCAACUGUGUUUGUAGCUGCCCAAGUCAGUGACUCUAAGACUGAGCUUCUUCAAAAUUAUCUGAAGAAAUCACAAGACAACAAAGCCAAGAAUGACAAGGAGAGAUUGGAUAGCUAUUACAAGAGAAAUUACAAGGAUUACUUCGAAUUUGUGGAGGGGUCUCUACAGGGGAAGAAAGACGAGGAGCUCUCUGAAUCAGAAAAGGGCAUUCUGGAGUGGCUGAAGAGAAACAAAUAAAUUAACUUGUAUUGCCGAUCGAGAAAAGGGAGGCAAGGCAAUCGUGUACUCAAAUUUUCUUGUGUUCUUUUAUUCAUGCGUUUAGCACUAAUCCAUAACUUAAUGGAGUCAUGAGAAGAGACUGGAGAGAUAAGUUCAACCCUUUUGAAGGAUCACUUUGACACA